UAUUGUCUGAUAAUUUUUAAUUUUAAAAGAAAAUUUUUUCUUUCUUUAGGAUUUCUUCAAUUGAAACUUCCUAAUUCUUAUUACAUUAUUGUUAAAUAUUAUAGUUAUAACGUAUUAGUACGUUUGUGGAAAGGCCCGGAGCAUCCAGUGAAUCGGUUCAGGUGGCGAAUUAUGGAAUAUAGAGGUGAACUAAGCGAUGAAAUGAUUCGAAAGAAACGUGUAACGCAAAACUUCUAUCCAGCUCUACAGAAUUACUUGAAAGAAUAUAGAGACAAAAGUUUCGCCAAAUAUCUCAAUCCAUAA